UGUACAGUAAUUGAAGUAUAAGUUAGUGUAAUGUUGUGUUUGUUUAAGUCAUAUGAAUGAUAAGCCAUGAGAGUGGCGGUCGCCCUCUCGGGAGGCGUUGACAGCGCUGUCACUGCACUUCUGCUUCAAAGAAGAGGUUUUAAUAUAAUAGGUAUUUAUAUGAAUAAUUGGAUUGAAGAUAACUAUCACACCAUUUGUCCCAAUGAUGACCACAAAGAGUCAGCUCAAGAAGUCUGUUAUAAACUUAAUAUUGAAUUCAAAGAAAUUAGUUUUGCUAAGACUUAUUGGCACAAAGUGUUUAGUUAUCUUGUGGACAGUUAUAUAUCAGGAAAGACACCAAAUCCAGAUGUUUUAUGUAAUAAAUUUGUCAAAUUUGGGUCAUUUCUUAACUAUUGCGUCGAUAAGUUGGAAAUGGAUGCCAUCGCAACCGGUCAUUACGCGGGAACCAGUUAUGGUAACUUCUGGCAACACUAUAAUUGCCACAAUGCUGUCCGUCUCUUAAGACCAACCGAUAAAGUCAAAGAUCAAACACUAUUUUUGGCACAAAUCAGUCAAAUGGCACUCAAGAAAGUUAUGUUUCCGUUACAACAUUUGCUUAAAUCAGAAGUUAAGUCAAUCGCCAAACGAAAUGGUUUGCAAAGAAUCGCUAACAAACCAGAAAGUCAAGGAAUCUGUUUUAUUGGUAAAAGAAAUUUUAAUAAAUUUAUUGAACAAUAUAUCGAACCAAAAGUGGGCUCUUUUGUUGACAUUCACACCAAACAAGUUGUGGGAAGUCAUAAAGGAAUUCAUUAUUGGACUUUAGGACAGAAUUGUCGCAUCGGAGGAAUGAAACACAAGUACUUUGUCGUUAAAAAGGAUCCGCAAAACAAUAUUAUAUAUGUUACCAAUCAUACAAAUGAUAUCUCACUUUAUAGCAAUCAAAUGUUAGUAAAAGACAUAAAUUGGAUCACUUGUCAACCGAAAUCCCUGUCACAUCGCUUACCAUUUGAAUGUGAAAUGAAGUGUCAGCACAAGGAUCAGCCACAACAGUGUCGUCUCAUUAAAACUGAUGAUCAUUACAGUGUUCACUUAAAUUUACCGAUACGUGCCUUAACUGAAGGGCAGUUUGUAGUCUUUUAUCAAAACGAUGAAUGUCUUGGAAGCGCUCCAAUUGUUAAUGUAAUCUAAUUGUCAUUACAUUAUAUACUUUAUUUUACUUUUAUAUAAAAAUUAUUAUAAUAUUGUA